CUACUUCUUGAAAGGUCCAUAAUCUUCAUGAGGUGGGACGUGACUGGAGCUGGCGCAACCUCAGGGUGCCUCAGGAUGGGAAGAGAGAGAAAGAGAGAGAAAAGCAAGUCAUCAGCGGACACAAUUUGUCGUGUGUUGAGUGUUUUGACGUCCCACGAUGAAUCCCAUUUUUAUUUGUAGAGUGCAACUGACAUUGUAAACCAUCCAGGCAUUAUUUUAUGACAUAAGGAAGUGAACUGAAUAACACUGAUUAUCUCUUCAUCAUGGCACCUGUUAGUAGGUGGGAUAUUUUAUUAGGUGGCAAGUGAACAUUCUGUCCUCAAAGUUAAUGUGUUAUAAGCAGGAAGAAAUGGGCAAGUGUAAGAUUCGACCGAGUUUGACAAGAGACAAAUUGUGAUGUCUAGACGACUGGGUCAGUAGUCCAAAACUAAUAUAUAUAUUAUGUACAUGUCAUAGAGAGGCUACAGGUUUUGAGCAAACAUAUUUCCGGCCUAAACGGAUCACGUGGUCUGACUACGGCGCCCCCUAUUGGCUCCCGGAUCUGUCGAUCUACACUCUCCGGGUUCCGCCCCCUGGUGAUCCGCAGCAGACGUUCGCGGGUUACAGUGGAUCUGUUCCGUGCGGCUGUCAGGGACUUUUACCCGGAAUGGAGCAGGGCUGCACCUCUGACUCUUCUGCGGAAGCAGUGAGGUUUAGUAGAAAACAAGAGGAGGGAAAUUAAAAGGUAAAAAUCAUUCUGGAUAUUUGUGUGUGUUUCGUUAGCGCGGAACUGUGACUGACAGCUGGGGCGGAGGAGCAGGAACCGAGCGGAACUGAUUCGAGGCGCGACGAGGCGGCGGUGAUGGCGGCUCUCGGAAACCCCGGCAGCGCCUCCGGCCCCAUUCUCAUGCUGGCCGCUAAAACCAAAACCAAGAAGAAGAACUUCGUCCAGCAGAAGGUGAAGGUGUUCCGAGCCAGCGACCCGGUGCUCAGCGUCUUUAUGUGGGGAGUAAAUCACUCGAUUAAUGAUCUCAACCAGGUUCCUGUCCCAGUCAUGCUUCUCCCUGAUGACUUUAAAGCCAACACCAAAAUCAAAGUCCAGAACCAUCUUUUUAACAAAGAGAACCUUCCAGGGCAUUUCAAAUUCAAAGAGUACUGCCCACAAGUGUUCAGGAACCUUCGCGAGCGAUUCGGAAUCGAGGAUCUUGACUACCAGGCCUCUCUGACCCGCAGUCCCCCAGUGAAGGGGAAGGGUCAGGGCGAGGGUCUCCCCUUCAUCUCGUACGACCGCACUCUGGUGAUGAAGCAGAUCUCCAGCGAGGAUGUGGCCGACAUGCACAGCAUCCUCUCCGAAUAUCACCAGCACAUCGUGAAGUGCCAUGGCAACACGCUCCUGCCUCAGUUCCUCGGCAUGUACCGCGUGAGUGUGGAAAGCGAGGAUACGUACCUCAUAGUCAUGAGGAACAUGUUCAGCCACCGACUUACCGUGCACAGGAAAUACGAUCUUAAGGGUUCCUUGGUGUCCCGAGAGGCCAGCGAUAAAGAGAAGGUGAAAGAGUUGCCCACCUUCAAGGACGUCGAUUUCAGGAACAACAUGCAGAAGGUGUACGUGACCGAGGAGGAGAAAGAAAAGAUCAUGGAGAAGCUCAACAGAGACGUUGAGUUCCUGGUAAAGCUGAAGAUAAUGGACUACAGCCUGCUCCUGGGGAUCCACGACGUGGCUCGGGCCGAGCGCGAGGAAGAGGAAGCGGAGGAACCGAGCUGCGAGGACGAAGGCGAGCCGGAGAACGGCGUCAACCCCACGUCGCACGUCGGCUCCUACGGCACGUCCCCUGAAGGCAUCGCCGGCUACAUGAACUCUUUUAAACCCAUGGGCCCCGGAGAGUUCGACCCGUACUUGGACGUUUACGCCGUCAAAAGCGCCCCAGGCGCUCCGCAGAGGGAAGUGUACUUCAUGGGCCUCAUCGACGUACUAACGCAGUACGAUACAAAGAAGAAAGCUGCGCACGCAGCCAAGACUGUUAAGCACGGGGCCGGAGCAGAAAUCUCCACAGUUCACCCGGAACAAUACGCCAAGCGUUUCCGCGACUUCAUCUCCACCAUCUUCGCGUAGUGCAUCACCAUCGCACUUUAUUCCCAGUUGUCGUUGUUUUGUUUUUUUUGUACAUAUUUUACCAAAACUAACGCGCGAGCGUGAAAGAACCCACACAUUCCGAUUACCCGCACGUGACCAAACGCACAGUCGUUUGCUUCCAUUUAGGACACUUUUUAUUCGAAGACAUGUGAUGCUGUAGCAGUAACACACUACAAACGUCCUCCCGGUCUCUUUCCCUCUCUCUCUCUCUCUCGCUAUUUCUCCAUCUCUUUCGGAACGGAGGAACAUGAACCGCCGUUCUCUGCCGCUCGCUUUCUCCCAGCGGCGCUCGAUCGCACGCGCGAUUUCUUCAUGCCGUUCGGUAGCAUUUGCACCUAAUGUCUAGAGAAAAGCAAUAUUUUGAAUGUUCAUAUUUGUAUAAACGCCUAGAGUUUAGCGUUCAAUGUUUUCUAGCAAUUUUAUGCAGUUUAGACGGGGAAGAAGAAGGAAAAACACUUCGCAACUUAGAGAACAGAACUAGAAUCCGCACGCCGUGUUGUUUCUUUUUUUUUAUUUAUAAUGCGAUUCAGUGUUUGGACAAUUUUUUUCUUUUCAAUUUUUUUUUUCUAAAGAUUUUCAGUAACUUUUUUUUUUUUUUUUUUUUUUUUUUUAUUAUAAAGAUUUUAAUAUUUCACACAUCAGUUCUUUUGUGGUUUAAUAAAGACCUAAGCGCCUUCAUACAUAGGGGGAAAUCAACACUUGUAAUUUUAUUUAAUUUACAUGAUUGCAGUGUUUUUGUAAUUUCACACACACACACCUCUCUCUCUUAACUUUCGGCUGCCAGUUUGUUGUUUCCUGUUAAAGUCCAUCGACAACCUCGUGACACGUUUCCUGUUCCAGCCCCGAGCAUUUUCAUACCUUUUUCAUUAAGCCACUGGGGACGUCUGCGUUUUGAGAUUUUUGGGAGGAAUAAAAUAUCAAUCAUGCAAUCAUUAAACAACGUGAGCAAGAAAGUGAA